GGAUCAUACAUCACAUGUAUUACAGUGAAAUUCAAACUUUUCCUAGCGGUUAUCAUUGAACAAUAACUAUGCAACAACAAUGUUAAGAAAGUCAUGCGAAUGCAUUUGUUUUAAUUGCACAGCAUUUCCGGUACGUAGCAUAUAUGCCGUUAGGUAGCUGAGGUAUGCUAUUGACGCUCAAGAGACGGAGGAUAAAGUCAUCUCUUACUGGACCUUGAUUUUAGUGUUCAACACAAACAGUUUACUCUCCUUUCUACUUUAAGAAAGGCUGUUUGGUAACUUGCUACAUUAAAACCUUGUUAACAUUUUAACGAUCAUAGUUUAUCUUUUCCUUAACACAGCAUUUUAUGUUGGACCAUAGUUAAGCUGGCGUUCUUGUUUUACUCAUGAAGAAUCAUCACUUGAAAAGACAACCUCUGGAUUUACUUUGGUCAAGUUUAUCAUCAUGUUGUCUUACGGUGUCAGAAACGUCCUAUCAAGGCGCCUACAGGUAUUGAAAACCUCCCAGUGCAGAAUAACACUGACCCUGCAGCACAGCAGGAGACACUACAGCACAUCAUCCACUGAUCAUUUGGAUCAGGUCAGAACUUUGCUGCAGCUCUGCGUGGACAGACACUAUGUUUCACCUGGUCAAACUAACACGGAGCUGUUCCAGCGUGGGCUGAGCUGCAGUUAUGGACCUCUGGGCAUGGAGCUGAGGAGAAGUCUGCUGGAGCAGUGGUGGCACUCUGUGACCAGGUCCACAGCUCAGGUGUUUGGGAUCAACACUCUGAGCAGCAGCAUCAGCAGGGACACAGCCACAGAUGGACGGGGACAACUGAGGGUUGUUGAGUCUGAGCAUUUAAAACACAUACUUGAACAGCAAGAACUGAGCAGGGAGCAGCUCAUCCAGAAGGUACAGACGCUCAUUCAGGGGUCUCCAUCUCUGAGGACAAACUUUCUACAAGGUGCCUUGGAGCAGGCCAUCCCGGCGUUGGCACUGGUAAACAGGAAGCUGCCCUUCGGCCUGGCUGAGACUGGUCUGUGUUUCCAGCCCUCAGAUGGCUCUGGUUGCCCCGCUGAGGUCACCCAGACGUCCCUGGUGUGGUUCUGCUCUACUCGUACCUCUUCCCAGUGGCUGGAUCACUGGACGCGACAGAGACUGAAGUGGUGGAGGAAAUUUGCCCUGUCUCCAUUGGACUUUAGCAGCAGAGAUGUCCCAGAGGAGGAACUUGAGGAGGCCGUGUCUCGUGGUGUGAGGAUCAUCUACAGUUUCCCAUGGGGAGAGGAGCCCCUGGAGACGCUAUGGAGCAGAGGAAACACGGAGCUGCUGCAGACACACAAAGGAGUCCGUACCAAACUACAGUGUCGAGAUGGUCGUAAGUCAGUUCCUCACGUCAUCUCAAUAACCGGGAACAUGGACCGUGGUGUGUUGGCCUUUCUGGCCAACUCGCUCCAGCAGCUCAGGAAAGAAGACAGCAAGCAGAAAGUGCAUCAGAGAAAGGUUCUGAAGUUGCAUCCAGUUUUGGCUCCAGUCAAAGUGGCUUUAGACAUUGGCAGGGGAGCCACUGUGGAGCUGAGGCAGGUGUGUGAAGGGCUGCUGCAGGAGUUUAUGGAGGUUAAGAUCUCUGCGUGGCCUGGGUAUCUCGAAACUCUGCCAAUGUCAAUGGAGCAGCUGAACGCAAAGUAUGAUGAGAUGGGAGUGCUUUUCACUGUGGUGAUCAGUGAGAACACGCUCGAGAGCGGCCUCCUUCAAGUCCGCAGCCGAGACACCACCAUCAAAGAGACCAAGCACAUCUCUGAGAUCAAGAACUUUGUCUCCAGAUACAUUUCGGCAGCCGACGACAUCUGAAUGGACUUUUGUACCUGGAAGAGAUGCAAAGCUUAGGCAGCACAACAUUCAGACUGUCCUUUUAGUUGCUAAAAUAAACUAUCGCACAUCAACAAGUUAGGGACUUCCCUGUGAGGACUAAUGUUACUGAACAGAGCAUUUAAUGGAGAAGAAUUUUCUUCUGAAUAACUCCUGGCUCAAUGUGACGCAAUUAGGAAUUGUGGAUGUUUGAUAUGUUUCGGUAUAUUUGUCUCAUGGGUAGCCAUCCUGUACCUCGUCUUUAAAGGCUAAGAAGCUAUUAGUGAAAAGGAGAUGUGUGCAUGUACCCCCCCAGAUUUCUUGUUAUUUGGGUAUGACUAAUGUAUUCUCACUCAUCCUGCAGCCUCCUUUCAGUACUUGUUAGACAAAAAGGUAGAUGAGUGUGAUGAGGUCUGUCACUGUCUGAUUUCAACAGGGUGGCAUUUACAUUAGAGAAGGAUUGGAAUAAACACAUGGUAUGGUUAUGUCUGUCUUACUUUCUAUUAAAAUAUCCAAAACUUCUCUUUCA